AUUAAGAACUACUCGGGACGGUCAAGUAAAUAUCCAAUGAAAGAGAAUGCAGAAAAGGAAAUAACAUGUACAUGCCUUCCUAUUAUCAGAGAAACAUUACUUGUUGUCGACAUUUAACUACAGGUAGACCUAGCUUAUACUUAAGAGACAAUACACCUAGCUAUGCGUUCAGCUUAAAUUGUUACUCACUGAAUCAUUUCGUAGUGGAUCGUAACUGACAGGAACAUAUUAAAUCGGGAUGGCUCAGUGGGAGAGACUGAUGCAGCUGCACUCGUACUCACAGCAGUUACACGAGCUUUACGACAGGGAUGCUUUACCUAUGGACGUGAGACACUACCUGUCACACUGGAUAGAGAAACAGGAAUGGCAACGGGCAGCCAGAGACCCUGACUUCGCUAUGGUGCUGUUCCAGGUGUUGUUGGAGAAUCUGGACAUCCAACACAGCCGCUUCGUCCAAGAGGAGUCAUUCUUAAUGCAGCAUAAUAUUAGACGUUACAAACAUAACUUUCAGAGGUACCAGGAUGAACCAUGCGUCUUGGCAAGCACCAUCCUGUGGUUCCUGGAAAAAGAAAAGGAAAUCUUACAGAGUGCUGAAUUAGAUGAGCAGGUUCAGCUUUUGCGUGUGGAGCAGGAAGCCAUGGAGACAACCAGCCAACAGGACCUGGAGCGUAGGAUGGCUGGCCUCAGGAAUGAAGUGCAGUGCUUAGAGCAUACGAUGAUAUGUCUGGAAGAACAGCAAGAUGAGUUUGAUUUUAAAUACCAGACGCACAAGAUGGAAGCAGUGGCAGAUGAAGCAGUCAAAAAAAACCAAGUACAGCUUCUUCAACAUCUUGUCAACCGUCUGAAUGAAUGCAGAAAGAGCACAUUGUCAGAUAUAAACAAACUUCUGGAUAAGGCUGAUGACCUGAUCGAUAUAUUAGUGAAGAAGGAGCUUGUGGAAUGGCAGAGGAGGCAGCAGAAAUCCUGCAUCGGCGCUCCAGACAAUGUUUGCCUGGAUCAGCUGGAGAAAUGGUUCACCUGUGUGGCAGUGUGUCUGUUCCAGGUGCGUGAGUUUCUCAGUAAACUGGAGGAGCUGGUAGGGAAAGUGUCUUAUGAAAAUGACCCACUGAAGGCACAGAAACCAGGCCUACAGAAGAGAGCAGAUGCUCUGUUGAAAAACUUGCUCAAGAGCUCUUUUGUGGUAGAGACUCAGCCGUCCAUGCCACAGGGGAAAGGACCUCUGGUACUCCGCACUAACAUCCAGUUCUCUGUCAAAACCAGACUUCUUGUCAAGUUUCCUGAGUUGAAUCACUCCAUGAAAGUGAAUGUAUCUAUGGACAGGGAAGCACCUCAGAUCAAGGGAUAUCGUCGUUUUAAUGUCUUUGGGACCAAAAGCAAGGCUUUAAACAUGGCUGAGAGCCAGAGUGGAGGCAUGGUUGCAGACUUUAGACACCUGACUCUGAAAGAGCAGAAGUGUGGAGGUGGUGGAAAAGGUGUCAGUGAUAUCUCUCUGAGCGUCACAGAGGAGCUGCACAUCAUCUACUUUGACACUGUGUUUGAGCUGAAAGGCAUGUCGGUGGAUAUGCUGGCAUCCUCCCUCCCUGUGGUCAUUAUCUCCAACUCCAGCCAACAGCAGAGUGCUUGGGCCUCCAUACUCUGGUUCAACAUGCUCAGUCAGGACACAAAGGACAUCAGGUUCUUCGCCGGCUCUCCUACAGCAACUUGGCUCCAAUUUGGAGAGAUGUUGAGUUGGCAGCUUCUUUCUGCGACCAAACUUGGGCUGAAUAAAGAUCAGCUGGAUAUGAUUGGACACAGGCUCUUUGGCAAGCAGCAGAACUACAACACCUUUAAAGUAGCUUGGUCAAAAUUUAGCAAGGAAAAUACUCCUUUCACUUUCUGGGUGUGGUUUGACGGCAUCGUGGUGAUGGUAAAAUCUUAUCUCGAAGACCUGUGGAGGGAUGGCCUCAUCAUGGGUUUUGUGACUAAAGGCAAAGAGAAGGCUCUCCUGAAGAAAAAACAGAGAGGUACAUUCUUGUUACGCUUCAGUGAGAGUGUCAUUGGCGGUAUCACCUUCUCCUGGGUGGAAACUACCAUAACAGGUGAACCUGAGGUGAAGACAGUCCAGCCCUUCACCAAAGAUGACCUCAGUCAGGUUCCCUUCCAUGAAAUCAUCAGGAAUUUCCAGAUCUUAGAAACUGACAAUGUCCCAGAAAACCCGCUCCUUUACCUGUAUCCCAAUAUUCCCAAAGAUGAAGCUUUUGGGAAGUACUACACAGAAAAGGGAGGAGAGGACAGCCCUUACAUCAAAUACUUCAAAACCAAGUGGAUGUUUGUUUCAAAAGAGAAAACACUGGAGGCUAAGUCACCCAUGUCUGACGUGGCACAGGGUGAAGGCCUGGAGCCAAUCAAUGGCCCAUGUGGAGAGGCAGCUGAACAAAACGACAGUCCUCCUGUGGUGGAUUUGCCUCUGGAACCUUUUCCUGAUCCCAUGCUAUCUGGAGGUGUUGAAAAUCAUAUGGACGACUUACAAAUGUAUCUCAACAACCCCAACCUCUUCUGUGACAUGGAGGAUGCGCCACCACUGCCUGAUUUCAAUCUUCCAGAAUUUAAUUGCCUGCUCCCACAGCCUUGUGGAAGUGCGUUUCAAUAAGCAACCACUUUUACUUACCAUUAUUAUUAUUUUUAACAAUUCCAUGUCAGCUCCACUUACAGUUCUUUACAGCUCUGAAAGAAAAUAGUUGACCAUUAUUAACUGAUUUGCAAUAUUUCCACAUAUUACAUUUGAACAACAUACAUUUUGUGUUCAUUCAUGUUUGAACAGCAAAGUAUUAAUGUUUGAACUUAUGAGUAGUUCAUAGAGGAAUUUUGGUUGAGUAACUUUGAUCAUCAAUUGUGCUUCAUAUGUCGUGGCAUGUUCCAGAUGAGUCUUUCUUAUUACUAUUUGGAAUUUCACGUCACUCCCAGUACAAAAAUAUAAGCAUCUCACAUUUGAUUCAUGGCUCCUUGGCGUCUGUCCUCCUCUUCUUCAUACUCCAACGGGUUCUCUGGGGUUCAGAUCUCAGAAUCCAGAGUGAUCUAAUUUCUUUUCCAGAAUUGUAUAUAGUAUUCUUUAUACCAUAAACUUUUAGCUUAGCCUUCAUAGCAACUCUGGUUUAAGUGCUUUAAUAAUGUGAAAUAUUAAUAGCCAUUGAGAGUAAAUGUGCUAUGCUACAUGGCAAUAUGUGACAUUCUGUUUCUAUUAAUUAUAAUCAUUAAUCAAGAAUAAUCAUAGUUGUUAAUUGUAUUUUCAUUUAAGGCACUGGAUUUUUUGAAUGCUAUGUCCAAGAACAGAUAUAAUGGGUAGGGAAAAAGUAAAAACUGCACAUAAUUUAUUCUUUUAAUAAAUGUUUUGACCUUGUGUAUCCUGUUUGAAAUAAAAAAAUAAAUAAAUAAAAACAUUUAUGAAAAAUUGUACUUGAAA